ACAAGACAAGACUCCUCUCAAAUCGCCCCGUCUUAACUCCUCUUUCUUGCAUUGACUAUCAUUUGACCAAAAUACCCCUCCCCAAAAUGGGAAACUGCAACAGCCUUGCCUCCUCUUCCUCCACCGCCACCACCAACCACCGCAACCCUCCUCCUUCUAAUGGUGGCAUCAAAGUCCUUCCUCCAAAUGCCUCUCCACCACCGCGAUCUCAAUUCCUCCACCACUCCUCGCCCGCAGUCGGCAGAGUCCUCGGGCGGCCGAUGGAGGAUGUAAGAAAUACAUACACAUUUGGUCGCGAGGUAGGUCGCGGCCAGUUUGGAGUCACGUACUUAGUGACUCACAAGGAGACUGAACAGCACUUCGCUUGCAAGUCAAUUGCUAAACGGAAGCUCAUUAAUCGUGAUGAUAUUGAAGAUGUUCUCCGUGAAGUACAGAUCAUGCAUCACCUUACUGGUCACAGGAAUGUAGUGGAAUUGAAGGGAGCUUACGAGGAUCGGCAUUCAGUGAAUUUAAUAAUGGAGUUGUGUGAAGGAGGGGAGUUGUUUGAUCGGAUAAUAACAAAAGGGCAUUAUUCAGAGAGAGCCGCAGCCAAUUUGUGUAGGCAAAUUGUAACUGUUGUGCAUAAUUGUCACACAAUGGGAGUGAUUCAUAGGGAUUUGAAGCCCGAGAAUUUCCUUUUUUUGAGUACUCAUGAGGAUUCCCCUUUGAAGGCUACUGAUUUUGGGCUCUCUGUGUUUUUUAAGCCAGGAGAUGUGUUUAAAGACCUUGUUGGAAGUGCUUAUUAUGUAGCUCCUGAAGUAUUGCGACGAAAUUAUGGAGCUGAGGUUGACAUUUGGAGUGCUGGGGUUAUAUUGUAUAUUCUUCUGAGUGGUGUUCCACCAUUCUGGGGAGAGACUGAACAGGCCAUCUUUGAUUCUAUUCUCCGGGGACAUAUCGAUUUCUCCUCUGAUCCAUGGCCUUCCAUAUCUAGUAGUGCCAAAGAUCUCGUGAAACAGAUGCUAAGAGCUGAUCCAAAGGAACGACUUUCAGCAGUUGAAGUUCUAAAUCAUCCAUGGAUGCGAGAAGAUGGUGCCUCUGAUAAGCCUCUUGAUAUUGCUGUUUUAACUAGAAUGAAACAAUUCAGGGCUAUGAACAAACUGAAAAAAAUAGCACUGAAGGUAAUUGCCGAAAACCUUUCUGAGGAAGAAAUUAUGGGCUUGAAGGAAAUGUUCAAAUCUAUGGACACGGACAACAAUGGAACAAUCACUUUUGAAGAGUUGAAAGCUGGUCUUCCAAAACUGGGUACUAAGCUUUCUGAGUCUGAAGUGAGGCAGUUAAUGGAAGCGGCUGAUGUUGAUGGAAACGGAACAAUUGAUUACAUUGAGUUUAUAACAGCUACCAUGCACAUGAAUAGAAUGGAAAGAGAGGACCAUCUAUACAAGGCCUUUGAAUAUUUUGACAAGGACAAGAGCGGGUACAUCACAAUGGAAGAGUUGGAGCAAGCCCUUAUGAAAUAUAAUAUGGGUGAUUCCAAAACAAUAAAAGAGAUCAUUGCUGAAGUUGACACAGACCAUGAUGGAAGGAUUAACUACGAAGAGUUUGUAGCCAUGAUGAGAAAAGGCAAUCCUGAGUUGGCCCCAAACAGACGGCGCAAAUGAGCUUGGUGCAUUUUGACUUCUCCUGGCAUCAAUCUGCGAAUCAACUACUUAUUAAUUUACUUAUGCUGUUGUAUCAUGACAAAGAUAGAUGUUUGACCUCAGUUUGGCCACCUUCUCACAACAAACACUCCUCUUUGGAAUCUGUUGUUAUCUGCCAUCCGCUUUGCACAGAGAAAUUGACAAGAGUGGCAUCAUAUUUUGCGCA